ACACAAACAAACUCAGAAUUUCAUCGUCACCAUGGAUCAUGAUAACAUGCAUAACAUGCCACCACCGUCAUCAUCAUCAAUGGCGAAUCAAACAAAACCCCACAUGAUGAUGAUGCACAUGACUUUCUUCUGGGGCAAGAACACGGAGGUUCUCUUCUCCGGCUGGCCCGGGACAAGCUCCGGCAUGUACGCUCUUUGUCUCAUAGUUGUUUUCCUCCUCGCCGUAAUCGCCGAAUGGCUCGCACAUUCUCCCAUCCUCCGUGGCGGUGGCUCCACCAGCCGCGCCGCUGGGAUCGCUCAGACCGCCGCGUACACACUCAAGACUGGUCUCUCGUAUCUCGUGAUGCUCGCCGUUAUGUCCUUUAACGGCGGCGUUUUCAUCGUCGCUAUCGCCGGAUACGCCGUUGGUUUCUUGGUAUUUGGAAGCAAAACUUUCAAGAAACCAUCCGAUGACCGGAAAAUCGCCGACGUUCUCCCGCCGUCGUCAGGCUGCGUUUGCUGAUGAU